AGGGAGACAGGAAGAAACAGGGACAGACAGACGGGGAGGAGUGUAGGGAGAACAGGACGGACAGACGGGGGAGGGGAGCAGGGACGGACAGACGAGGGGAGGGGGGACAGGAGAGACAGACGGGGGAGGGGAAUGGGGACAGACAGACGGGGAGGAGUGUAGGGAGAACAGGACAGACAGACGGGGGAGGGGAGGGGGGACAGAGAGACAGACAGACGGGGGAGGGGAGCAGGGACAGACAGACAGGGGAGGGGAAGGGGACGGGGACAGACAAGGGAGUGUAGGGGGGGUUUCUUGUUGGUGUGUGUGUGACUGGGGAGGCAGGAAGGCUGGCUGGCUGCCCUGGGCUGCAUGUUUGAGAGGUUCACUGGGUCCUGCUGCACCCCCUCCCUCCCCCCUACUGUCUGUGCCCCUGAACCCCUGCUGUGUCCCAUAACUUUCCCACCUUGCCCCCCAGCCCUAUGCACCCCAAACUCCUCUGCCCAGGUCCACAGGCCCAGGCCUGUCCCAUAGGACUGCGGGGGGGCUCAGCUGGGUGAUUCUCUCCCCCCGACGCCCCACCCCAGUGAGAGUCGUGCCCCUAGGUGGGGCUGAGCAGGACCCAGUGAACCUCUUCAGCACACACGCACCUUGGGGUGGGGGUGGUGACAGCCAUCUGUCUGUCCCCCCCCACGUACCCGGAUGUCCCCCAGAGUGCUCCCUCUGCCUGAGGGAAGGGGGCAGUUCCGGGGGAGGCUGGUGGGGGCCACGCCCCAGUAAGCAGCAGGAGGGGGUCUCUGUCGGGGGGGGGGGUGCUGAUGAAGGUUUUCCUGCGCCUGGGGGCGUGCCUGGGGCCAGGAAGUCAGGAGGGAGGGGGGCUGUCCCGGACUCGGUGGUACUGUCUGCCUGUCAAGCCCCCAGUGACCCUGACUGAGGAGGCUGAGGAGGGAGUGAUCUACACAGUGACCACACGCCAGCCCGGGGGCGCCCAGCCAGGGGCCCCGGUGGGGGCAGGGAGCCAGGCCCGCUCGCUGAAGGCCGGGUCACUGGUCCGGCUGGUUCGGCACCUGCUGGAGGCCCAGAUGCUGGGCGACACCACCUACGUUCCUGCCUUCCUGGUCACCUACCGGGUGUUUGCCCACCCCCCUACGGUGCUGGGGCUGCUGCUUGACAGGCUGGAGGAGGUCGGGGCGCUGGAGCUGGGGCCCGUCUCCCCAGAGACAGCUGAGCUACAGCGGGCCUUCUCCUCGGUGAUGUGCUCCUGGCUGGAUGGGUACCCCGAGGAUUUCGGAGGGGCCUUGGACCCGGGCCUGGUGGAGCGACUGGGCCGGAGCCUGCAAUGUGCCCUGGGGCAGGGCUCCGAGGCCGAGAGAUGCCUGCUCGCCCUACGGGGGGUGCAGGGGGGGCCCAGCAAUGGAGGGGAGCUGGAGGAAGAGGAAUGGGGGGUAGGGAAAGAUGGCCCUGAGGGGUGUGUGACCCCCAGGGGGGACCCUGACCCCCUUGACAUCCUGAUCUUCCAAGCCGACCAUGUGGCUGCUCAGCUGACGCUGGUGGAGGCGGCGCUGUUCCUGCGGGUCGUGCCCUACCAGUGCCUGGGCUCACUCUGGUCUCAGCGGGACAAGAAGGGGCGGGAGCGGGAUUGCCCCAGCGUCCGUGCCACUGUGCACCAGUUCAACCGCCUGGCUGGGGCUGUGAUCCGCUCCUGCCUGGCGAGGCCGGGGCUGCGCCCCCAGCAGCGGGCCCGGAUCCUGGAGAAAUGGAUCCACGUGGCUGAGGUGAGUGUGGGGCUGGAGCUCAACCCUCUGGGGUCGGAGUCGUCACACUGCGUCAGGCCCCCAAACCCCAACCGCGUCCCUGGCCCCCAGCACCGGGCCUUCAUCCUGGAGAAAUGGAUCCACGUGGCUGAGGAGUGCCGCGCCCUGAGGAAUUUCUCGUCUCUCUGCGCCAUCAUCUCUGCCCUGCAGUCGAGCCCCGUGCACCGGCUCAAACGGACCUGGGACGAGACUGCCAGGGAUGCGCUGCGCAGCUACGAGGAGCUCAGCACCAUCUGUUCUGAACAGGAUAACUACAGCCUGAGUCGGCAGCUGCUGUUCCAGGAGGGCACCUCCAAACCGUCUGGCACCGACCCUGCCCCACGCCGGCAGCUGCGGAGACCCCAGGAGCAGCGCCCAGUGGGCGUGGUUCCGUACCUGGGCACCUUCCUGCGAGACCUGGUGAUGCUGGACACGGCCAUGAAGGACGAGCUGGAGAACGGAUACAUCAACUUCGAGAAGCGGCGCAAGGAGUUCGAGGUGCUGGCCCAGCUGCGUCUCCUGCAGUCCGUGUGUCGCAACUACAGUGUCCAGCCCAGCCCCCCGUUUCAGUGCUGGCUGCGGGCGCUGCCCCCCCUCUCUGAGGCACAAAGUCACAGUCUUUCCUGUGAGAUUGAACCCCCUGGGGAGGCCCCAACCCCCCAGCAGCUCCUGAAGCCCACCCUGGUCAUCACCCACUGCACAGAGCUGCUGAGCUCCGUGGGGAACCCCCUGGUCUCCUGGGAGGGGCCCAGCUCCCAUGAGGGGCCCUCUGGCUGCAGCCCUGACCUGCUGCCGCCUCCCCGUGGCCCCACGCAGCUGCUGUCUCGCCUGGCGCAGCACAUGAAGUGGCCGUCAGUCUCCGCGCUGGACACAGCUCCUGAGGACGUGGGUUCCUCGGCCGGGGGCCUCUCGCCCCCCACCCCCACCGGGGGGGACUUUCCCCGGGGGCACCGGCGCUCGGCUUCAUGCGGCUCUGCUUUCCCUGCCCCUCCCAACCCGGAGCCUGGGACCCCCUCCUCUGACUGCUGCAUCAUCCGCGCCCGCAUGGCCCUGCACAACGGCAGCCUCUAUAAAAGCAUCCUGGUGACCAGCCAGGACAAGACCCUGUCUGUCAUCGCCAAGGUGCUGGAGAAGCACGGCCAGGAGCCGGGGGUUGCCCCCCAAUUCGAGCUGGUCCAGCUGCUGCCUGAGGGGAAAGAGCUGACCUUCCCGCCUACAGCCAAUGUCUUCUAUGCCAUGAAUGGCUCCAGCUUGGACUUUGUGCUGCGUCCCAAGAGCGCCAGGGAGCCUCCCCUGCCCCCCAGUGCCGUGCCCCGUAGGGCUGAGCUCAGCGCCACCUUCCCCAAGAUCAAGGCCACCGGCCGCAAGCUUGCCAGGGCCCUCUUCUGACGGCGAACCCCAAAACCGCCCUGGGGCUUCCUGGGCCUGGAGGAAAGGAAGUGACCUGCACCCUCCCAGGCUUUGAGGAAGGGAAUUGGAGCUGCCUAGGGCUGUCUACUUGGCCUGGGGCUGCCUUCAUGUCUCCUGGCAUCAGGGUCUGGUCUGCCCCAGGACUGUCCAGGGGGCAGCCUGCCCAGCAGCCUCAGGGCCAUGACCUAAGUGCCUUGAAAUGGGUGAUGUCCUGACAGCUCCUCCCCCAGAGGUCAGGACCUACUUCCUGUCCACCCAGGAGGUACAGCCCCCAUGGGGGGCAGGGGCAGUGACCCCCCAUAGCAUGGUCUCACCCCUGCCACAAGGACUCCGUGGGGAGGCCAGCGUGGUAACGUCCUGCUAGACAUGGGGGGGAUAUGGGGUGCCCCACUGGUGCAGAGAUGGCAGCUUCUUAGGGACUUGUCCCGACUGGAGGUGUAGGGGGAAGGACUGUGUGAUCCAAGCCCUGCAGGGGCAGCUGAUACCCCCCAUCACUGUAUAGGGGGGCUUGUGGCCCUAGCCCUCUUCGCUGUAACACUAAUGCAAUAAAGACACUAGAAGCA